AUGAAGGGAUUCAAAUUGGUCAUCGUACGGUCCAAAGAAUACGACUUCAUCUUGGAUUUCGACGUCGAACAGAUGACCAUCAAAGCCAAGAAGCUGAAAUCGAACAAAUCACUACUAUUCUUGAAUCAGAGCUUGGAACUGGUCGGAUUGAAGGCUUCGGAAAAGUCCAUCUUCAGGAACAUAUUCGAAGACAAGGAUAUCUAUUCAGUGCGAGAGAAACGUGCUAAGAUCUAUGUCAUUCUUGACAAGAAGCCUCGUACGAUAGAGAUCAAAUCAGAUCCUAUUUCUCCAGGACCUGCAUCGCCAAUUGCUUUGCAAUUGGAGACACCAAUUGCUCCUGAGCCACAAGCACCAGAUGCUCCUGAGCCACAGGCACCAAUUGCUCCAGAGUCAGAGGUAUCAAUCAUUGAUCUUGACGCCUCUGAGCCAGUGGCUAUUGAUAUUGAAACUCUUGCAAAACCUCGUGAACAUCCAUUUCGUCCUCGUACGCAUCGCAAAUACUUCAUGACCGAGGCAGAGAUGAGGGCACAUAUACAAAGGAUUGAUGAUGCAGUUGCUCGAGGUGAUUCUGAUGAUGGAGGAGAGCCUUUAUUCCAUCCUGAUGUCAUUUCUUUGGGUAAACCACCACCUGAAGGGGAGCCAUUUGAUCUAUCCUCUGCUUCUAUAGCAGAAGCAGAGGUCAUCCCUGAUAGCGUUGAAGAUCUUCCUGGCGAGAUUCUUGAUCAUUCCCAGCAGGACGACGAUUUCGAGCGCGACCUCCAGGACGUCUUUGACGGAAACGAGAGCGUCCUUGGUGCGAUGGGGUUAGCGAACUGA